AUGUCUAUACGAUCCUGGAUUCGCCCCUUCAAGCCACACAUAUUCAAUGACAGAGUGUUGGUGGAAGUCAUAUUGAAGAGCACUGCGGGACCUAGUGGAUCUAGAAAUGACGGAACUGCUGCCGCUGCUGCCGCCGCUGCUGCUAUAACUGAGACGAAGCGCAUGAAUCCGAUCAUGAUCGACCGGAAGCCUCUUUAUGCCCGUGAUGUCGAUCUACCAUAA